UCUUUUUUGUCUUUUUUAUUUUCUUGUUUUCUUUGUUUUCAGUCUGGAACAUAACGGUUUUUCAUCAGCAUGACGUUUUACUUUUUAAUUCAAUUUUGCUGCUUUGUCUCCAUCGCCUACGCUCAAAUAACACAAGUAAUUGAACUUCCGGAAAAUGUCAAUAAGACAACCUGCAUACCUCUAAAAAAUUUGAGAGACUCAAUGGUGCAACGUGGACUGGGAGAAGCUAGGAAAAUACGAAAGGUUCAGCUAUAUUUUAUCGGAAGUGGUAAUGUCGACGUGUCAGUUGCUAUUGCAAUUCGAUUUCUGGAUGAAGGUUUGACGAGACCUAUUCUGCACAAGUGCGGAGAAUAUCAAGGUACCGCCAAUGACGUUAUGGUCACAAUCAGCUGCAUAGGAGAAAGCGAAAAUGCAGAUCUCGAGGGCUAUACUGGUUACGCCGUCUACGCACGCUUUCACGGGGAUAUUUCUAAUCAAACAGUAGCGAUCUGCCAAAUGGACAUUGUCCUUCACGAUAAAUAUGCACAAGAGAAAAAUCAAAAAAUGAAAUCCCUAGUGAUUUUAGCCAGUGUGGCUUGUGGGCUUAUUGUCGGGGCUGCUAUUGGGGUUAUUAUCUGGUACAGCAGAACGAAAAAGACACGGCGGGAAGAAGAUGAGCUUCCUUCAGGGGUCCAGUAUUGGGAGGAGGAUGUUCCGAAAGAGGAGGUGAGAAACAGUAAACGACAACGGUCAACGGUUGACAACGAUUACGAGGAUGAAGUUUUUUUAAGAUGACUUGUUGUGUGAGGCAAGAAACUGAAUUCAAGACAUGAAUUCUCUUUCUGUUUGUUGUAAAUGUUUAGGUCUCGUUAGAUCAUUCUGAAUUUUCCUUUAGUUCUAUUACUUUUAAUAACAUUAAUUGUUUGCUAUACCCUU